AUGACUGAAACAAAUUUGUCCUUUGCCUCAACAAAUCAGUCUGGUGUAAGAAGAAGAGGGAGUAGAUGUUGGUGUGGGCUUGAGUCCCCAUUGAUGACGUCAUGGACUUACGAAAAUCCAGGAAGAAGAUUUCAUGGUUGUGGUAACUUUAAGGUGAUGAAGAGAAAAGGUUGUAAUUACUUUCAAUGGGUUGAUGAAGACAUGAGCAACAGGGCUAAAGAUUUGAUUAGAACUUUGAAGGACAAGAAUGACGAGAUUGCGGAUUUACUUAAGGACACCAAGAAUAGUGAAGAUUUGCUCAAGAUGAAGAUUAAGUUAAUGUCUUAUUUUGUUGGUUUUUGUAUGGUGUUUGUAUUAUUACUUGUGUUAGCAUUGGUUGCAACACAUGUAUUCAAAUGA